AUGCAGACAGACAUCAAGCUAUUGGCCAACUGUUCCUGUACGGUACGGCUGGUGUGCAACGUGUCCUGCUACCCCAACAUUACCUACACCUGGGAGAGAGACAAUGAGAUGUAUGGGGACGCCCAGCAGAUUUACUUCUCUCUAUCACCAGCAGAGAGAAACAUCAGUGUAAAGUGUAACGCCUCCAACCUAGUCAUUUGGAAAACUGCCUUUGAGACAGGAAAGUGUAGUAAUGACACACCACCGACAGGACUGGUGUGGUAUACCCUCUACAUCGGAAUAUCAGUGGGAGGCGCUGUGGUGCUGAUCCUCACUGUAGCUGUGGCAGUGUGCUACUGCAGGGGCCGAAGUAACACAGAAGAUCUAAUUGACAACACAAUAUAUGUUGAUGUUAUGGACAACACAAUAAUUAGAGAUACAAGAUCAAACAGUCAUGUAAACCCAAUAUCCACCUAUGAAACUGUCAAUGAUCUGGUUAUCCCAAGAUUGAACAAGCUGCAGACUCUGUAUGACAAGAUCACAUUUGGAUGCCCAGAAGGCCCCCCUUCUCCCUACCAGGAAGUACUGACAAUGGAUUGGAUCACAGCCGACGACCCAAACAACGACGUCGUAAAAGAGGCUAAAGAAACGGUCUUCUGGUCAGGCUCCGGAAACGGGUACAUCGCGCACCACUUCCUAGCAUACUACUCGCCAAUGUCCAGUCUCUUGACAACAAGGUUGAUGAAAUCCGAGCAAGACAGCAUGGUGAAGAAGGCGCAGCGGCGCCUCUUCAACAACAGGAGGCAGAAGAAAUGCGGUUUGUCACCAAAAGCACUCACAAACUUCUACAGAUGCACAAUCAAGAGCAUCCUGUCGGGCUGUAUCAUCGCCUGA